AUGGUAUUCGAAAAUCUGAUUGUCUCCUUACUGGAUAAAUAUUUGGGUGAUUAUAUCGAAAAUUUAGAUACAAAAAAACUUAAAAUUGAUUUAUGGAAUGGAAAUGUUGUUCUUGAAAAUUUGUAUCUAAAAUCCAAUGCAUUGGCGGAUUUAAAUCUUCCUGUUACUAUAUCAAUUGGAUAUUUACAAAAAUUAACACUUCAAGUUUCAUGGACAAAUUUAUAUACACAUCCAAUAAAAGCAACGAUCGAUGGACUUUAUUUAUUAGUUGUACCAAAAACUGAAGUCGAAUAUGAUGCCCAAAGAGAUGCGAAAGAACAACAUGAAGCUAAAAUGAAAGAAGUUCGAAAAGUCGAAGAACUUCGAAAAGAAAAAGAAGCUGAAAAAAAUGCCAAAGGAAAUGAUAAAAAUAACGAUACUUUUGUUGAACGUAUGCAACUUCAAGUUAUUCGAAAUUUGGAAUUAUCAAUUCGCAAUAUUCAUAUUGUUUAUGAAGAUAAAUCAACUAAACCAAAUCAUCCAUUUUCAUUUGGAAUAACUCUUAAUUAUAUAUCACUUCAUACAACAACACCAGACUGGAAACCAACUAUACUCAAAGAAGAUACACCAUUGAUUUAUAAACUUGGUGAAUUAAGUGCUUUAUCAAUUUAUUGGAAUACAAAUGCUAAAUCUCGAACAGAUUUAGCAAGAGAUGAUGCUAUCAAUAAUUUAAAAGAAAAAAUAGCUAUUGAUAAUCAACAAGCACCAGCUGAUAUAUCAUACAUUCUUCGUCCACUUAAUGUGAAAGCACGACUUGUAUUAGCAAUGAAACCACGUGAAGAAGAUUUUAAACGACCUAUGUUUGAUAUUAAAGUUGACUUAGAUGAAAUCAGUCUUAAUAUGAAUCGUGAUCAAUAUUCGGAUUUACUUGAUCUUCUUGAAUUUCAAGAUUAUCUUAGUGUACAAUCCAAAUAUAUAAAAUAUCAUGUGAAAAAAGAAUUAGUAGAAAAGAAAACAUUAAGAAUUUGGAAAUUCGCUUAUGAAGCAAUUGUUAAUGAAGAAAUUCGACCAAGAUUUGAUUGUUAUAAAUGGGAAAAUAUAAAAGCACAUUUAGAUCGUUGCAGAGAAUAUCGUACGUUACAUUAUCAAGAAUUAAUAGGAAAACUAACCCAUGAACAAAAAACUCGUGCAGAAGAAUUAGAAAAAAAACUUGAUGUCUUUAAUUUAACAUAUAUUCGUCGAAGUGCAGAAAUUGAAGCAAGAAAAAAGAAAGAACAAGAACCUAAAACUUGGUGGGGAAGUGUAUCGAAUUGGUGGGGUGGAAGUAAAUCAACUGAUGAUCCAGAACUUGAUUUAGAAAAAGUCAUGUCACCAGAAGAGAAAAAUAAAUUAUAUGAAGCUAUUGGUUAUGCGGGUGAAGAUACUUCAACAUCAACUUAUCCAGAAGAAUAUGUCGAUAUUGAUUUAGCAAUUCGAUUAAAUAUGCUUGAUGUUAAUAUUUGGUCUAAAAUUAAUGAACAUGAUACUCAAUUUCGAGUUAUUGCUCGUGGUGUUAUACCUGAUACUAGUUUAAUAUUCAAACGACGACCAGCUACCGAUGCUCUUGCUAUAUAUGUUGAUUUGGGUUCAUUUCAAGUAUUUGGUAUUGCAACAAAUUCGAGUCAAUCUGAAUUAUUAAAUGAUAGUCGACCUGUACUUGUACGUCCAUCAGCAUUAUCAUCAACUAAUCAACAAAAAUUCUUACAAGUAGAAUUUGAAACAAAUCCAUUAGAUAAAAAAUCGGAUUAUCGUGUUAAAGUUGUUUCACAAUCAUUAGAAAUAAAAUAUAAUGCUCCAACAAUUAAUAAAUUAGCAGAAUAUUUUGAACCUGAUGCUGAUCGAAAUUUACAAGGUGUUAAACAAGUCGCAUAUUCAACUUAUACAGAUGUUAAACAUCGUUCAUUUAUAUUAAUGAAACAUAAUAUCGAAAAAAUUAAAGUUUUAGAUAUUUAUAUUGAUAUUCAAUCAUCUUAUCUUCUUUUACCGGAAAAUGGAGUUUAUCAAGAUGGUGUUGCAGCUAUUUGUAUGGAUUUAGGUCAUUUAACAUUAAAACGUGGUACAAAUCAAGAAAAUCAUUAUGAAGAAUCUCAUGCGCCAACAAAUAUUGAAGGUGUUCGAGAAUUAUCAUAUACACAAUUUAAAUUAAAACUUACAGAUAUUCAAUUAAUUUAUGCUAAUCGAAACGAAAGUUGGGAAAAUGCUCGAAAAGAAAAAAAUACACGUUUACAUUUAAUUAAACCAAUGGAACUUGAAAUGGAUGGUGAUAAAUGUAUUUAUCAUGAUGAUGCUGUUUUACCUGCAUGGAAAAUGGCUGGAAAUAUUCCAGGUGUAGAAUUACGUUUAUCAGAUAAACGUCUUUUUCAUAUUAUUAAUCAUAUUCAAUCUAUUCCUUUUCCGGAAUCAAAACAUCCGAUUAGUGAAAUACCAGCACUUGAAGCAGAAGCAACAACUGCACAAUCAUUGCUUAGUAAUCCUGAGCAAACAUAUGAAACAGUUGAAGGAAUGACACCAGUUAAAAAAACUUUAGAAAAAGUCGAAGGUAGUGAAAAUAAUGAUGAAAAUUCUGAAGAAGAAACUCCCAAACAAGCACUUACAACAAAGAAAAGUGAUUUCGAAGGACAAUUAACACAAUUAGAAGCAACAUUUACUCUUGAUAAAAUUAUUUUACAUAUUGAUGAAGCAUUAAAUAGUUCAAAUGAUGAUGAUGAAGGUGAACCAUUUCUUCAAAUAAAACUUGAAUCUAUUCUUGCUAAAACAAAAAUAAAAACAUUUGACAUGGAAUUUGAUGCAUCAUUAGGUGAUUUAAUUGUUUAUCAUGAACAAUUUGUUGGUAAAGAUAAUCAACAAUUACGUUUAUUAUCAGCAGAAUUAAAUAGAAAUGAAAUUCAUGAAAAUAAAAAAUUAGUUAGUGUCAAUUUUCUUCAUACAUCACCAGAUAAUCCGUUAUUUUCAUCAUCAAUGUAUAAUGGAAUUGAAAAUAAAGCUCAUGUUCAUUUUACAAAACUUGUUGUGAUUUUACAAUUAGAAGCACUCUUAUCAAUAUUAAGAUUUCAAGAUGCUUUAAUGAAAAAAUUACCUAAAGAUACACCUGAAAUUGAUAUGAAAAAGAAAGCUGAAGAAGAAGAAGAAGCAAGAAAACAACAAUUGAAAGUACCCGAUGAUAAUAAAACAAUAGGAAGAUCUGUAUCAACUACAGGAAAAAUAGUUAAAAAGAAUGAUGUUCCAGUAACACCAACAUUGAAAAUUGAAGCUGAUUUAGAAGAAUUUCGAAUAAUAAUCGCAUCGAAAAUAACUCAAUUAUUCGAUAUACAAGUUCAAGGUGUCAAAGCGGAUGUAUCACAAGCACCAGAAAAGACAUUAAUUAAUUUAAUUCUAUCAGAUCUACGUGUUUUUGAUCCGUAUGAAGGUGCACGAUAUCGAAAAAUUAUUUCUCAACAAGGCGAUGAUAAAGAAUUACUUCGUGUUGAUUUAUGUUUAUUUAAUUAUCCUGAUGAAUAUGUAAAACCUCUUGAUAUCGUCGAUUGUGAUGUUAAAGUUCAAUUUGCAAAAGCAAAUAUUGUAUUUCUUUUUAAACAUAUCGAUGCUAUUUUGAAUUGUCUUAACUCAUUAGAUUUAGCAUCAAUACUAGCAGAUGCUGCUUAUGAACAAGUACAAAAAUUACAAGAACAAGCAUUUAAAGUUCAUCUUGAUAUAACAUUUAAUGCUCCAAAUAUAAUUAUUCCAACAAAUUCAUAUUCUGAUGAAGCAUUACUAUUUGAUUUGGGUAAAUUAACAUUAUUAACACGUUUUUAUGAUGAUCCAAGACGUUCACUUGUUGAACAACAAAAUGUUCGACUAGAAAAUCUUCUUAUUAGUCGUGUUAAACUUAAUCAUGAUAAUAAUAUUCUUGGUGAAAUUAUUUUACUUGAAUGUGCUCAAUUAAAUAUAUUAAUUAAUCGUUUAUUUUAUCCUGAAAAAGUUAAACAUGAACCUGGCGUUUCAAUUCAAGUUGAAUGGGAUUUAGUUCAUUUUCGAUUAGCUAAAGGUGAUUAUUCAUGUAUUAUGAAAGUCGUAAUGGAAAAUUUUACAGAAAAUAUUCGUGAUCAAAUACCUGAAACUGCACAACUUGAAAAAUAUCAUUUUAGACAAGAAAAACAAAAAACUUUAAGCAAGGCUGUAAUUAAAAGACAACAAGAUGCUCAUGGUGGUGAAGUUUUACAAACAGUUAAAAUUCGAGCAGAAAUUAAGAAAUUAGCAUUGACACUUUACUUGGGAGAAUCGAAUUUGAUUGUUCGUCGGGCACCACGUGAUGAAUCUUAUAAAUUAGCUAAUGUUCAAAUACAAUUCAUAGAAGCAUUAUUUCGUCAACAAACUGAUUUAAGUUAUAAAACAAUAGUACGUGUUAAAAAUUUUCUAGUUGAUGAUUUACGUGAAACAAAUAAAGCAACAAGUGUAACACGUAUGAUGGAUAGACAUUUUACCGUUGAUCCAAAUGCUCAAAUGGUUAUUGUAUCAUUUGAAUUUAAACCAAAAUCUCCAACUAGUUCAAUGGCACUUCGACAAUUGAGUGCUCAAUUUGAAAGUCUUUAUAUAUGUAUCAAUUUGGAUUAUUUAAUGGCAUUACAAGAUUUUUUUAUAUCUGGUUUACCAACUGGUAGUACUAAAAUAAGAUCUAGUACAUCCGCAAUGACAUCUAAAAAAGAAAUUUCAACUAAAACUGAUAAUGAUAAUAAUCGAUUGAAAGUAGAUCCAAGACCAAGUCGACCUUCAAUUACAGCACAAAAACUUCCAACACCAUCAUCAAAACCUUCUACACCUCAACCACCAACUCCAUCCAAUGCUGAUCCAGAGAUAGAAACACGAAUUGAUGUGAUUGUAAAAAAUCCGGAAAUUAUUUUACUUGAAGAUCAACAUAAUUCAAAUUCGAAUUGUCUCGUAGUGGACUUAGCUUUACAAAUGCGUAUGAUUAGUGUUGGUGAAGAUUCAAAAUUAUAUAUAUGGUUAAAAGAUCUAACAGUUUAUAGUUCAAAUUUUGCAGAAUUACGAGAUUUAAAAAAUGCUGGUUCAAAAAUAAAAUAUCGCAUUUUACAACCAGCUAAAGCUGAUGCUAUUGUAAUUAUGGAUAAGCAACAACAAAAAAUUGAUGUACGAUUAUCCGAUAUUAUUGUUAGUAUUGCACCAGCAGUAGUGAAAACAUUAAUUGGUGUUACAAGUUCAUUAGGAACACUUAAAACAGAUGUUGAAGAAGAAAAAGAAAAAGUUAAUUCAAAAUCAUUAUUUACUCCAAAAACAUUUAAAGAUUCUGGUCUUUGGUAUAUAAAAGAAUAUGAAGAAAAACAAGCUAAACUUGAAUCAACUGAUAUAUUAGAAACUGUUAAAGAAGAAGAAGAUAAAAUGAUAGAAAAAGAAGAAAAAAUUGAAGCACAAACUCUUUUAAUACAACAGUUAAUUUUAACAUUAGAGACAGUGGAAAUUAAAUUGGAAGUUAAUUUAGGUUCAGUAACAAAAUCUGUUGUUGCAAUAUGUUUAUCAAAUUUAACAACUGAUGUUAAAAAUUGGACAACAGAUUUAAGUCUUUCAUCAACUGUUAAUAUUGAAGCUGCAUUAUUUAAUGAACGUAUGCUUGCUUGGGAACCACUUAUUGAACCAACAAUUGAUGCAAGUGGAUCUGCUCUUUCACCUUGGUGUAUCACAUGUUCAAUUGUAACUGUAUUACCAUUAACUGAAAAAAGUGGAUCGGCAGUAUCAAAUGAACAAGCACGAAAAAAAGGUGUACUAUCAUCAACUUCUGAACAAAUUGUAUUCAUACGUGCCGAUCAAUUACUUAAUAUAACAAUAACAAAAACAGGUCUUGAUUUAAUUCAACGUUUAUCAGCUUUAUUCAAUGAUGUUUAUAAUGAACGAUUACCAUUUACUGAAGAUAAUGAUCAACCAAUGUUAUCAUUAUUUAAUGGAACUGGAAAAGAAAUAUUCAUUGAUAAUUUAGAUGGUAUUGAAUUUGCUGAAAAUAUGACACUCACAUCAAAAGCUUUAAAACCAAAUGGUUUCGUUCCAUUGGUUGUAGCAAAUGAUCGUCAAUCAGCAGCAAGACUUUCUGUUAUUGAAGAACAAGAUUUUAAACGACGACAAGAAUUUGGCGUUAAAAUUGGAGAUGUUGUUAAAACUGUAACUAUCAAUCGAACAUGGAAACGUGUUUAUGAAUUAGAUCCAUCACCAAAUCCAAAUUGGCCAGUUCAAAUGCUUUGUGAUACACAAGUACGAAAUGAUCGCCGGUGUGUUAUUCUUAGUUCAAUUGUUAAAGUUUAUAAUAAUACAACAAUGCCAUUAAUUAUUUUGAAUAUUGAUUCAGUUGAUCCAAAAAAAUAUCAUCGAAUGGCAAAAAUUGAUAUUAAUGAUGAAUAUUAUGUACCAAUUGAAUUACUUUAUACACAUUCAAGUUCACCAAUAUUUAUUUCUACUGAUGAAAAUGAACAUAACGGUGAAAUUUAUGAUUUUUUUUCAUUUGAUUGGGAAAAAGAAUUUUUAUCGGAAAGAAAAUUAAAAUUAAAAACUGGAAAAGAAGCAAAUUUUAUUGUUUUUAAAGAAGUAACAAAUGCUUAUUCAGAAAAUACCGAUCAACUUGAUCAUGCAAGCUUUAGUCUUUAUAUUCAUCCAGCUCUUCAUUUAACUAAUCUUUUACCAGUCGAUAUUCAGUGUUCAAUUGAUAAUGCCGAACAAAUUGAUUUAAAACCAAGUGAAUUAACUCUCAUCACGUCUGGCAAUAAACAAUCUAUAUUAAGAUUUAUUAUUCCAUCAUAUAAUAAUAUAAAAUGGACAUCUGAUCUAGUUGAUUUAAAUGUUGAAGGAAAAGGUGAUCAUAAUGAACAUCUUGUCAUACUUCAUAAUUCUAAUAAUUCUCAACAAAUAUUAAAAAUGGUAUUACGUGUUAAUACAUUCCGUGAAUCAUAUCGUUUACUAUUCUAUUCACCAUUUUGGAUUCUUAAUCGUACUGAAUUACAACUUGAAUUUCAAAUUGAAAAUAAUCGUGCAUUUAUUGAAGUUGCUCAAACACCAUUUUUAGUUUGUCCAGAUAAAUUUGGAAGUGAUGCAAACAAAAAAGGACAACUUCGUCUUUAUAGUACCGAACAAGGAGAUAAUGCAACAAAUUGGUCUGAAAAAUUUUCGCUUGAUGUUAUUAAAAGUACUGGUAUGGCAUCAUGUAAAGUUCCAAAUGAUCGAACUUAUAUGGUUUGUGUGGAUAUUGUAACAUGUUCAUUUGGUUUAACAAAAAUUGUUACAUUAUCACCAUCAGUCGUUAUUAUCAAUAAAUCUACUAUGGAAAUUGAAGUAGUUGAAACAGUAUCAGACAAAGAACAAGAUAAAUGGGGACCGCUUAAUCCUGAACAAAUAAUUCCAUUUUGGCCACAUGAUAUCAAAGAAGGUGUAAUGCGUGUUCGUUAUACACAUAAUCGUGUUUCAUCAAGUCCAUUUAUGAUGAAUCAAAAACAUCGAACACUUUUACGUAUGGAUGAUGAAGAACGUCCAGCAAUAUAUGUUGAAGUCACAGCAACUGAUUUCGAUGGUGUUCGAGUUAUUUUUGGUGAUUAUAAAAUUGGUGAUGCACCACUUCUUCUUGUCAAUUGUUUGAAAAAAGAUCCAAUAUCAUUUUGUCAAGUUGAUGAUGUACGUGUACAAGUUUUACCACCACUGAAUUAUGUUUAUUACACAUGGUCAGAUCCAUUAAAACCAAGAGAUUUAAUUAUCUUAUGUGGUUCAAAGAAAAAAAUUUUGGAACUAACUGAUACGAUGGAAGUACAAUGGGAGUAUAAUGAAGUACGUUGGGAGUAUGAUGAAGUACGAUGGGAGUACAAUGGAAGUACAAGGGAGUAUGAAGGGAGUACGAUGGGAGUACAAUGGGAGUACGAUGGAAGUACAAAGGGACCUCAAUAUGGUUUUCUUGGACAAGUUGGUGAUCAUAAUGUUAGCUAUACAAUAUUCGUUGAUGGUGUUCAAACUGUAUUACUUUUUUCGGAUGAUACAAAAGUUAUUGAAGCUGCUUCUGGCAUGCCAUCAUUAGCAGAAUCAAUGGGUCAACGUAUUCAAAUUGGUAUUCAUGAUAUUGGUUUAUCAAUUGUAAAUGAUGUAACUCGAGAAGAAAUGCUUUAUAUAAGUUUAAAUAAAUCUAAAGUUGUUUGGACAGAGAUAAGAAAAUCACGUGUUCGACCAUUGUCACAUGAUAUAAAUAUACAUUUAGAGGAACUUUAUAGAAUUCAUCAUGAACAACUUAAAGCUAAUCCAGAUGAUAAAGAACUUUUGGGAAAAAAAUAUUAUAUGGAACAUUUUCGAGAAAUAUCGUUUCAUGAUGGUACAGCAGAAUUAAUUAAUUCUAAAGGUCAAAGAAAACUAGCUAAAAGACAAGCAUUAGAUGGUCUUUGGAUUGAAUAUGCACGGUCAGUUACAAAUACUGCAUUACAUAUACGAAUAAAUCAUGUACAAAUUGAUAAUCAACUUGAUUAUACAAUGUUUCCUGUUGUUCUUCAUCCAAUAAUAUCAAAAGCAACAGGAACUGAUCCUACGGAAAAAGCAUUCAUUGAAUUAAGUGUCUAUGAAUCGAAAACAAGUCGAUCAAAUGUUAUGCAGUUUAAAUAUUUUCAAUUACUUAUUCAAGAAUUUGCUGUUAAAAUUGAUCAAGGUUUAAUUGCUGCUAUCUUAGCAUUUUUACGUGAAGAAAAAAGUGCAGUAGCACCAACAAUAAAUAUGGAUACGGAUUUAGAACAAAUACAAAAACCACUUGAUGCUAUUAUUAGAGCAUUAACUGAUAGUCCAACAGGCGAAACAGAAAUGUAUUUUGAUAAAAUACAUUUGUCACCACUCAAAAUUCAUGUUAGUUUAUCAAUGCAUGGAUCAAAAGCAAGUCAAGAAUUAUUAGCUGAAUAUCCAUUAGUUGCAUUUUUAUUACAAGCAUUAAAUGUUGCAGAAGUACAAGAUGUUAUUUUACGUUUGGGUUUUUAUGAACGAACACAUGAUCGAUAUACAAUAACGAAAUUAUCGAAUGAAGUUUCAUCUCAUUAUCAAAAUCAAUUCAUGAAACAACUUCAUGCACUUGUUCUUGGGCUUGAUGUACUUGGAAAUCCAUUUGGUGUUAUUUGUGGUCUUGCUGAAGGUGUUGAAUCAUUUUUUUAUGAACCAUAUAAAGGUGCAAUUGAAGGUCCAACGGAAUUUGCUGAAGGUGUAGCAACAGGUGUUCGAACAUUAGUUGGUUCAGCUGUUGGUGGUACUGCUGGUGCAUUUUCAAAAAUAAAUGGUGUACUUGGAAAUAGUUUAGCUGCAUUAACAUUUGAUGAUGAUUAUCAAAUUUCACGUAUAAGACGAAAAGAACCAACAAAUCAUGCAACUACUGAUAUUGCUAUUGGAGGAAAAAAUGUUGUUAUGGGUUUUGUUGAUGGUGUAACAGGUGUUGUUACAAAACCAGUUUCAGGUGCCAAAAAAAAUGGUGCAUUAGGUUUUGUUAAAGGUCUAGGAAAAGGUUUUAUUGGUCUUGCUACAAGACCAACAGGUGGAGUUGUUGAUUUUGCAAGCACUUCAUUAGAUGUAAUAAAACGAACUACUCAACAAGAAGAAGUUGUACGUCGUGUUCGUUAUCCACGUCAUGUUGGCCGUGAUGGUCUUGUUCGACCAUAUAUUUCUCAUGAAGCAAUGGGAUUUUUUAUUUUAAAUAAAUUAGAAAAUGGGAAAUAUGCUAAAACAGAUACGUAUGUUGCACAUAUAACUUGUGUAGACAGUCCACCAUCUUGGUUAUUAGCUACGUCAAAACGUUUGUUAUUUAUAACUGAAAUAUCAUUUCUUGGUUUUUAUGCAAUUGAUUGGCGAAUUGAAUAUGAAGAUUUAAAAGAAGAACCAGCUGUGAAACCUAAUUUAAAUCAAAUAGAAAUUCUUACAAAAGAACCAAAGAAAACUGGAACAUUAAGAUCAACUCGUUCAGUUGGUAAAAUGGUAACAUAUCGAAAUAUAUCUGAAGCUCGAUACAUUGUUGAUAAAAUUACGAAUGCAAUGCAUACCAUUGGUCUUUAA